AUUGAGGAUGGACGCGACAGCGGAAAGGCCGCGAACCGCUGGGCGGAUAGCACCAAGCGGUCGUGUCACACCGACAGUUCACAAGUCCAACAAUGCAAGGCGGAAAGCUAUUCCAGUACCACCGCCCCGUGUACCCACCCCCAUGCCCUCGGCUAACAAUAAUCAUCAGAGGAGUAACACGAAUAUGGAAAGUGUGCCGGUAAUGCCAGCGCCGAAAAUCGAACACCAGGGAAAUAUCGAUAAGAUUGCCAAGAGGUACCUCGAUGAUAACAUGCAACAGGCCUGGAUCAAUCCCCGUCUAAUAUCCAUGAUUAACAUGGAGGCUGUCACAUCCACAGAUUACGACACAUCCGAUCUGACUCGUAGCUUCAAUCAGAUGGGUUUCAGCACUUAUAAUUAUCUCCAGUUUGAGGAGAAAUACAAAUCUCGUCAGUACUUGGAGUAUCAGCGAAAUCCAAUCAAGCCUGGAUUCACCGGCAGAACAUUCUCCCGACAUUCUAACGAUAGAAAUGAUAAAAUUGACCAAAGCUAUCCGAGAAGUCAUUCACAACCUGAAAAACCACAUCAUUUGGCGUAUGAGGCACGUUCUAGAUCGCAGGAUUGCCGUGAACAGAUGUAUUACCAGCCUGAUGGCACUGGUAAAUCAGAGAGUAGACAUACCAAGUGUCACCGCACAGGUAAUCACGAUAAUGCACCAAAUGUUGUGUUGGAGAAGAAGGAACCGAAAUUGGCUGGCGCGGAGAAAAGUGAGAAGCGAGAUAAAUCGUGUGUCUCCGUUCACACCAAACAUAAUCAUGUCAGACAGGAGCAAAAGAUUAAUGGACAGGGCAAUCAGUUGAGCAAGCCCGAGUCAGUGGAGUGUCACUUACCGGGCCAUCAGAGGGCUGAUGAUCCACCAAAGUAUCGGCCCCUUGACAGACCACCGAAGUAUCAGGAGGAUGCACCCAGGACUGAACCACCACCCAAGUAUUGUGAGGUCACUAAGCGCCAGGAGGAUGGUAAAAAGUCUCAGGAGGAGAAGGUACGACGACAAGUGGUGACUAGGGGGGGUAGUGGUCUCGGUGGAGAGGCGCCGACUAAUCUCACCAGUAUCACGCCAGCCGCGCGAGAGUCAAGAGGGGUCUCUGUAUCAAAACGCCCCAAUCACAAACAAAUCGACACCGAGACCAACGAUGAACAGCAAGUCAAAAUACCCCACCAACAAUCGAGAAUCAGUACCAAUGCAAGUACAUACGUAAGUGGUGGUGUAAUUCUCGGUGUUAACAGCACAGUUUUGUGUCCAGAAGUGAUGAUCGGCUGUCCAGACACUAAAUUAAAAGGUGUCGAGUCUUACCUCAAGUCGGACAAGCAAAAAACCGAUAAGAUCAAGUGCGAUACGGGAAAGUUGGCGGAUAAAAUAAAAUCGGUGCAGGACGCCAUGUACAAGCCCCAUGACGUAGGAAAAACAAAGGGCCCACACGAGCCUGGCAUCAGCCACGUGGGGUACAAAGUUGACAAUAUAAAGUACUACGGUGAAUUGAAGGGCUUUAAAUCAUACGGUGCUAUUGACAAACCACAUCAGUACGCAUCCUCCGAUAAAGGACACACGAGUCAUGAUAAAUCUCAUGCUAGAUCUUCGAAGCAGUGUGAAAAGAGUGGUUAUAGUGAAAAGUACAGUGAAAAUUACUAUCAUCGUGCUGUCUACCUUAAAUCACCCUCUCUGUAUCCACCAAAUGUUUUUCAAGAGAGCAAGUACGCUUACAGUGUCAGUGGAGUUCCUGGGACGCCGGCGCAGGCCAGUGCUGCUGCUGCAUUCUUCGCAAGAGCUGCACAGAAAUGGAAUCUGUCCUCAAGUCCUCACCGUCGACGACGUUCGGGGGAUGAAAAUGUCGGCUCUGAGGAGCCGGUUUUUCCAAAUGGCUAUGGAGCUCUUCUCCUCAAGUCUCCACCACCUGCACCACCAGCAUUUCUUCGGAGAAUUGGUGUGAAGGAGAUGACAGGAGUUGGCAAGGUAAAAGUGAUGCUGCGAGUGUCAUCAGGUGAAGGGGGUAGUUUUUUCAACGCGGAUAAGCGAAAAAAACAGGUGACCCUGGUGGACCCGACGGCGGGUCAAUCGUCAACGGCAGAAGAUCGGCGACCAACGGUGGCAGCACCGAAGAUGUUCGCAUUCGACGCGAUCUUCACCGAGGAGGACUCCCAGACGGAAAUCUGCUCUAGUGCACUGACGGACGUGAUCCAUGCAGUCAUAAACGGCACUGACGGCUGUCUCUUCUGCUUUGGACACGCUGGCCUCGGUAAAUCGCACACAAUGCUGGGCACUCCAGAAGCUGGGCACACUCUGGGGGCUAUCCCUUGUGCCAUAACUUGGCUGUUUAGAGGAAUUGCAGAACAGCGUCAACGAACGGGCGCUAGAUUUAGUGUUCGUGUCAGUUGCGUCGAAUUAACGACCGGUCAGCAGCAGUUGAAGGAUCUCCUCGCAGCCUAUGCCAAUGAUUCUGAGCAGUCCCCGGCGGUUUAUCUCCGUGAUGAUCCAUUCUUCGGGUCCCUAUCUCUGCAGCAACACAGCGAGCUCAGAGCACCAACAGCUGAGAGGGCAGCAUUUUACCUGGACGCGGCAGUUGCAGGUCGUCAACGAGAAGAUGGUGAUGCUCACAUGCUCUACACUCUUCAUGUUUAUCAGUACAGUGUAGCUGGAAAGGGUGGAGUUGCGGGUGGUCGAAGUAGACUCCAUCUAAUGGACCUGGGCAACUCAGACCGAGGUAAGUCCGCAGGGGGUAUUCCACUGUCGGGUCUCGGUAAUAUUUUACUCGCAAUCUUCAAUGGUCAGAAGCACUUGCCCUACAAAGAGCACAAAUUGACACAACUCCUGAAGGAGUGCCUGGGUUCGUUAACCUGUCAUGCAGCGAUGAUAGCCCACGUUUCACCAAAUGCCCAGCACUAUACCGAGACCCUGACGACAGUUCAAUUAGCCUCGCGAAUCCACCGAAUGCGUCGGCGAAAGAUCAAAUUCGUGAGUGGAGGUGCUCAAGGUGCAGGUAGUGGUGGUAGUUCAGGGGAGGAGGCAGCACGACAAACGAGUGAAUGCGAUCCGUCGUCAAGUGAUUUAUCAGCGGACACUGUGAUUUACGUGGGUCCAGGUGCAGACGAUGCGACAGACGGUGAGCAUCCGCCCGUGUACUUACCUAGUUUGAAUUCCGGUGACAAUCGUUGCGCAAUGGGACGAGCCCUGAGAGGAUCGGGGGUGGAGAGACCGAGUAAAAUUUCAGAGGAGCGCAGUCCAGCGCACAAAGUCAAGGCUGUGAAGAGCCUGACGCAGACGGCGUCGAAGCAAACAUCGCCUGCGCAUUCGGCGACGCCUAAAGCAAGUCCUGCGAGAAAGAUAUCCUCGACGAAGGUGCCGACGACGGUCAAGGGGAUUGACUCGCCGACGAAGGCAGGAGGUACAGGGGCCUCUGACGAGCAGUGGAUCGAUGGGCCCAGGAUAUCGAAAUCCAAAGUAGCUGAGGCGAGGCAUCUGCUCAAAGAUGCACAUCACAAACGAGAGACGUGGAUUGAUGGACCCAUGCAGUUGACAUCGACAUUGCCGGCGUUGAACUCUCAACAUGGGGGUUAUGGUUUUAUGGACAAUCAUAAGAAGAUCAUGAUCAGGAAGUGGGUAGAGAAUCAGUCGUCCCAGAUUCAGAGGGCAAAGCAUGCGGCCUCAACGUCGACGAAGGAUAAGUCUGGGAUUUUUAAGGAGAUUGGGGGAUUCAGGGGGUUCGAGGAUGGGGAGGAUGAUACCUCUCUGUCGACGGUUGGGAGUGACAGCUUGAGGACUGAUCUGGAGGAAUGCUCUGAGAAACUCGGGGUUAAGUUGAAUGUGGGAAAUGGAAGGUCCAAUGAUGAUUCUGGACUCGAUCUCACUCCCGGGGUUGAGGAGAGUGUUAAGGGGCGGGUAGAGCAGCAGGAGGAUGAGGAUGAUGAUGAGGAGAUCGUUGUCCCUCCUCCUUUACCAUUGAUUGAACCACUUAGCAAUGGAGUUAGCCGGGAAGUUUCUAUGGAGAGUCUUAACUUAUCUCAUAAGGACUUGAUACCAUCGAGGCACUCUUUGUCCUCUGAGGAUGAGAUCUUGGAGAUUGUUGAGGUGGAAGACCUCGAGCCUGUACCCAUGCAGGAUUCCUGUCUACAAGUCACUGAGGAGGAUAUCGCGUUUUGCAUGGGGGAAAAUCCAUUGCCUGAGAGCGAUCAGGAGGAACAUCCAUUGAGGAUACUCAGUCAGGAGAAUCUCACUAUUGUAUCGACGUUUACCGAUUCAAUGUCUGUUAUGUCGGACAGUGAGAGAUACAAGCCACAGUUUCAACAGGGCGUUUGUGGAAUGGGGGUACUACCCAGACCGUAUUUCGACCAUGAGGAUUUCCUUGAGCAGGAAACAAGGCAUAAAUUUGAUCAGUUGGCGAGACUUCAUGAGCUUUAUCAGAGCAAAUUAGCUUUGGCUAAUGUGUCGAAUUCUGUUACUUAUCAGAGGGAAAACUCGUCAGCUGUCAGUGUCAGAGAUGGCACCUCAAAUGUCUUCCGCCCACCCUCGCGCUGUCAAUCGCUGUCACUGUCCGACGUCCUGUUCAAUGACAACGCGAGCAACCACGGCAGCAUCUACAGCGAGCCAGCCUACAUAGUCAGCAAAGCCGAGCAGGAGAAGAUCUGUGAUAAUUGUCGCCAGAGCAUGUCUCGUCCAGCAACAGCUUCCUACUGGUAUCCCAGUAGUGUAGCGCACUUGGCGAGCCCCAGGAGGUUCUGCGGAAAAUUAGGAGAGUGCAAUAUUUCUAGUCUCCGACACCCAGACGGUGCGUCCAAUCCGAAUUUAAAAGAGGAGAUCGAGAGGAUACCCGGAAACGGAGCUUCCGGCUCUGAUCCUGAGGAGGAGUACAUUGAGGCUAAAAAAUUAUUCACCACUGCUGAAAGAUCCGAGAGAACUGUCACUGGAAAGUCGGAUAUUGAAGAGGAAACGAAAGUUCCAGUGAAUGUCCCUCUGCAAUUAUCAAUUCCGUCCUCUCUACCGUCCUCGGGUAGAAUGCAGCGGAAACUUCUGAGUCUCGGUUCGUCGUACGGUUUGAGCAGAGAGAGCUACGAUUCAGGGGCAGAUUCCACCCCGAAAGCCGCUAAACUUUCUCCAGCCACGCUAUCACGACACAGAGCUGAGAGUUCGGGUUACGACAGUGUUGUGAGAGACAGCGAGACCAGCAGCAUCGCCAGUGACUCCUCGAGGCAGACCAGUGCUCUUCAGGAACAUCAAGCGGUGGAACAGCUGGCAGAGUACGUGCACCAGGAACAGCUGGAGGUGCCCGUGAUACUCGUUUACACAGACGAGGACGUGGAAAUACUGGAUCGGCGCGCUCGUCUGCGCUCGGAGCCACGUGGCACGAUGUCCAGGAUAAACAACCUACGACUACGCCAGCGUCUACUUAAAAUUGAACUCAGAAAUGCCAAAAAGAGACUGUUGAUACCCGAUGAUAGAUGGACAUAUGACUUGCACGUCGAGGACAGCAUGGAUUGGCAGGACCCGUCGUUCCUGGAGGCCCUGGAGGCGGAGACGACGAUCCUCCAGAAGCGAGUGGAGGCCUGCAAGAGUCACCUCUUGCUGGUGACCUGUUUUGACUCCCGUCCUGGACACCCAGAGAAGCGAAUAUCGUGAUGAACAUCACCCUGAGCCCCUCAUUAACUCGAUAUCAUCACCUCGACCCAAUCAGCACCAAUAAAUACUUAUCAUGCCGACUAAAUUCAUCGCCUCAUUAAUCAUCCAAUUGAAAGACUGUCGGCUAUUGCCAAAGUAUUACUCCAGAAUAAAUGAACUUGAAUGAGGUAAAUUAAUUCCGACUGACGAAUAAUAAAAAAAAAAAUAAAUGCAGCAGGCACAAGUAGUCAAUGAAUAACGUAAGUCAUUUUAAAAAAACCACCAUCAGAGUCAAUUCGAAUUGAAACGUCAUUUAAUCGUAAUGGGUUAUAAACCUUUGAUAAAACUAUCGAAUUUAUCCAGCAAAGACUGAUAUACAUUUCUUGUGCGACACAUUCGACCUAGAAACGAAUGAGGAGAGGGAACAAUUGUUCUAUUACCCCCCGUCCCGCCCCCACCCCUUCCCCACAACUGCCAAAUCUAACUCAUCCAGUAAUUAAAGAAGCUGAAACCAGUGGAAAGAAUAGAAAGAGAUAUAUACCGCACGAUUCAACAUAUUACCGUAGCUUUAAUCGUUAAAUCGCAAUUACCGCACGUGGUAGCGCUCUGUAAUGAGAGGGAAUAACGUAAUUGUAAUUUUAAAUCGCAAGAAAACAAGUAUUUGUUAGCAAUGUUGAGAGAAACAGGUGUAGAGAAAAUUACCAGCUUCGAUAAAUAUUUGUAGAUAAAUCUUCCCUGCAUUUAAUCCCCCAAUUGACUAUUCAAAUUUUAUCAUUCGUUUUAUUCAUUUUAAUAAUCUCCUUGUUCCAGUUUAUUACGAAUCCACUAGUCCAUCGAAUGCACAAGAAUUCUUUAAAAAUUCCAUCGUAUCACCGAGAGAAAGAAAUACUUUUUACAGAAAUUAGAUUCAUAACGAAAAAUAUUCUCGUCAAUUUAACAAUCUGAAGAAACGUCUGAUAAAUAAUUUCCUUCAUUCAUUAAAAUACUAUGCAAUUACAAUUCUAACACAAUGGAAAUUGAGAAUAUUUGGCAAGUGUCUGCAUUAUUAAUUAUUGUUGGUUACUCAAAAUCAUUUAUUGCGAAAACUAUGUAUAAAAAGUAUUAAUUUUUCUCAGAGAAUUCCGUUAAAUUAACCGCUUGAACAAUAAGACUCGACCAAAAAUUUCCGAACAUUUGAAUAAUGUUAUCCAGUCGAUGUAAAACGUUGAAGCAUUGCCAAAAAUAAUAAAAAAAAGAAGACGGAAUUAAUCGUGAUAUACCAGAUACUCCGUCUGCAAUGAAGAUUUUUAAAUAAUUCUGACCAUCUUUGUAAAAACCAAUUGUAUAUUUAUAUUUUAUAUGUACAAAUUA